AGUUACCACCAAUAACAGUGAAUGCUUUGGGCGGGGGGUAUUAACUCCCCCAGAUAUCCAAGAAAGAGUUCAAGCUGUCUGACCUUUGUGUUGACAUUGAUGGUUUUUGGUUCUUGCACAAGCAUACAUUCUCCACCUACACAAUUCUAAGUAGCUUUGGCCUUCGUUCUCAAAUCUGAAGUGGUUUUGUCUGGGGGGGAGAGGCGGGAGGCUGGUGAUGGUUGUAUACCAAAGAUCAAGAAAAUGAUGACUGGGAGCUCGGACGAAAGAAAAUGGAGUGACAAAAAAAUGGAAGGGGGCGAUGGUUCGAGAACGAUGGAGUCCCUAAGAGGGAGAUUGCUUGCAGAGAGACAAGCUUCAAGGGUUGCUGAAGAAAAUGCGGCUCUCCUGGGCAAGAAGUUGAAAGAGCUAGAGAAUCAACUUAAACAAGAGUCCAAACUGAGAAACAAAGCUGAAAAAAAGCUCCAAGUUUUGAUGAAGAAACUUGAAUCCUCGAACAUUUCCACCAUAUCUGUGGAAUCAGAGCAGUCCAGCUCGUCAGAAAAGGGUGAAAUGUCUUGUACAUCAUCCACUAUUACCUCAGAUUCCAAAAACCAGGAAGAAGAUGAAUCCAAGUCCCAAUUCACAAGCCCAGAAAUCUCAGAAGACCAGGAGCACAAUGCAUCGGAAACUUCUACAUCCACUAAAAUUCCUUCAAGGCCUUCCACUGAAAAAGAUUCUGGGUCUCUGGGUACUGCUAAUUCCAAAUCUAACUCCAAUCUCAAUGAUCCUUCCCAGCACAGAUUCAGCGAUAAGUUGAAUACCAGCUCUGAAGACCCAAACACUGAUAAUCAUAGUUGUUCAAGCUUAAAAUCUUCGAUAGUAGAUAAUGAGAGUGAUGAAGGGGACAAAGUUGGUAACUCAUUGGCAUUAGUUACGGUGAGUUUUCCGGCGACAUCAAAGACCGUUGAGAUGAAGCCAAACACUGAUAAUCAUAGUUGUUCAAGCUUAAAAUCUUCGAUAGCAGAUAAUGAGAGUGAUCAAGGGGACAAAGUUGAUAACUCACUGGCAUUAGUUACGGUGAGUUUUCCGGCGACAUCAAAGACCGUUGAGAUGAAGCCACUACAUGAAAGUGUUAGUGAAGUUCUUGAUGCUCUAAGGCAUGCCAGGGAAAAACUUCAAAGCUCAAUGCAGAGAAGACAUGUGAUUCAAGCUGGCCCAGCUUACACUCACAUCUGCAAGUAGUAAUUAUGUCAAUUUCCUUUCAUAUAAUAAUACUACAGAAAGAAAGAGACAAGUCAGUAAGAUAUAGUCAUUUGUGUUACUUUUGCAUUGAAACAAACAGAGGUGGAGAGCAGGGAAAUUUGUAACAUUGCCUGCAAUAUAUUUUUUUGGUGCCGUGUUCACGUGA